AGCAUUUCCCCCCUGCUAGGAAUUGAUCGAGGCCAGCAGACUCUCCAAUAUGUGUGUUUCACGCUUGCAGCACAUCGCAUUGUAGAGCCAGCCGCAUUUCAGUGGACCACAUUCUGUCACGAGGAGAUACCCCUCGUCCAAGGGAAGGAGCAGCGGCUGCGCUUUGCUGGAGCAGCCAUAAAGAGAUACCCCACGUCCAAGGAGUUGGGAACAUAUAAUGAAGAACUGAAGGUGUGCAGGGAGCAGCUUCUUGCCAGAGAAGAAGAAGUUGCUCAGCUGAGAGCAGAGAGGAACAACACCAGGCUGCUGCUGGAACACCUGGAGCUCCUCGUUUCCCGGUAUGUACCAUCCCUCCGGAUGACGGCGGACAAGCAGCAGGCGCAGUCCCCAGCCGGCAUGAUCAGCGAGGUGGAGGUGCUCAGGGCGCUGAAGUUUCUAUUUGAGCACCACAAGGCCCUGGACGAGAAGUUGAGACAGCAGGCCCGCGUGCCGGCCACCGUGGCCCAGGCCUUCGAGAGAGACGAAGGCGUGUCUGACGGCGAGGGCGACGGGGUCACCCUCCUCAGCUCGGCUGCUCAGCUGCCGCCCAGCGGGCAGAUGCUUCAGGAGCAGCUGGACAGCAUCAAUGAAGAGAUCCGGUGGAUCCAAGAAGAGAAGGAGACCACGGAGCAGCGGGCCAAGGAGACUGAGAGCAGGGUGGGCAAGGCGAGCUCAGGCAGCCUUCGUCGUUUUAAAUCAGUGAGCUCCCUCGACCUGUAUUUUGCCUCCUCGCUUGCCAGCUCCUGCCCGCCCAGCAGUGUGCCCGCCACGCCCCGAAUGAGGCGUCGAAGGCCAGCGCGGAACAUAGACCGGCUGGGCACCAUGCCUCUGAUGCCAGCUCUACGGGAAGAGGUGCAAAAUGACAAGACAACCAUCACUUCUGAAACCUCGAGCCCUGCCUCGCCUGAGUCCCUUCGGCUGGAGCAGCUGCACACAAGGACGCUUCGCGCGGCUAGCCCCGAGGACAUCAGGGACACCCGCAACUCGACGGACUCUCAGGACGGCCCCGGGGGCAACCCCAGCAGCAGCAGCAGCCAGGACUCCAUGGACAAAGCCCCAAAGAAGAACGGCAUCAGGUGCUCCAUCGGCCGCUUGUUUGGCAAGAAGGAAAGGGGUCGGCCUGGACACCCCGGCAGGAUCUUUACCUCUAGAGCCACCUGGAAAGCCCCAGUGAACACUGACUAGGAAAUGCAGAAAAUAAGGACUGCUCCUAAUUUAAACUGGAAGAGCAGCAAGUACAGGUUGUAAAGAGGAAAACACACGAUAAGGGACAACAGUGCCGACAGAAACUAGCAAGGAUGCGUUUACCCACAUAAAGAAAACAUCUGUGCCAUUCGGAAGAGGAGCCUGUCAACCCUUGGAGGGACAGUUGGAACCAGAAUGAAAACCGAGGCCAUGGUCAGCAGUGCCCACGCACACAGCCCAUGUGGCGUGGUGUCACUCACCGGGCUUCCUGCGUCCCCAGAGCUGCUGGCGGUAACAUCUCUGAGUGCUAGGCUGGCAGCAUCCCCGAGUGAGCUAAGGCAUCGCUGCUGUCCUUCCAGUGCUGCUGCGGGGCCCUCUGUGGGCGGCCACCCUCAUCCCCUGCCCCACCGCCCGCUGGGGCCCGACUGUCCCCCUGGGAUCCUUUCAGCCCUUGAGCUUGGGUGUUCCCAGCCCUCCACCACACCAGACUGGGACGUACCUCAGGACUUGGGCUUGAGAUAUCAAGGCGACUAUGACUCUGGAAGGACACAGUCCUGGGGCCCGUGAGAGAGCAGGAGAGCAGAGACCCCACGGGGAGGAGGCAGAGUCAGGGAGCGUGCCCACAGCCACGGCUGCCUCCUGCAAAAGUGCCCCUUCACCUCUCCUUGACCUGAAACAGACCCCAGCUGCUGCUGCUCCGCAGGUGAUUCCUGGAGAUGCACCUCCUGCAAGAGCUAUUGUCCUGCGGCUCUGGGGCUGCCUGAGUGUGCUCAGGAGCAUCAGACAAGUGGAGCUGCCACGCCUCAUACUGGAGGUGGGGGGCCUGAUAGUGGGGAACGGCCUGAGGCCGGGGGAGGGUCUGAGGGUGGGGGAGGGCCUGAUGCUGGACUAGGGCCUUAUGCUGGGGGAGGGUCUGAAGGUGGGGGAGGGCCUGAUGCUGGACUAGGGUCUCAUGCUGGGGGAGGGUCUGAUGCGGGAGGUGCCUGACGCUGCGGGAAGGUCUGAUUCUGGAGGAAGGUAUGAUGCUGGACUAGGGCCUGAUGAUUGUGGGAAACAUCUGAUGCUGGGCUAGGGUCUGAUGCUGCGGAAGGGCCUGUUGUUGGGCAGGUGUCUGAUGCUGGACUAGGGUCUGAUCCUGGGGGAGGGUCUAAUGCUGGGGAAGGUCUGAUUCUGGACUAGGGCCUGAUGCUGGAGGAGGGCCUAAUGCUGGGGGGAGGGCCUGAUGCUGGGGAGGGUCUGAUGCUAGACUAGGGCCUGAUGCUG